ACGCCGCCGACGGGCGGGGGUGCGGGGGAGACAAUAAUUUGUUCGGCGGUAACGAGAACGGUGACUGCUGGCCGUGGAUCCAUUUCACAGGCCUGCCUUCUCUCACUAACGCUCUUCCUCGUCCCCGGGCCAACUCGGACAGUUUGCUCAUUUAUUGCAACGGUCAAGGCUGGCUUGUGCCAGAACGGCGCGCGCGCGCGCACGCACACACACGGGGGGAAACUUUUUUAAAAAUGAAAGGCUAGACGAGCUCAGCGGCGGCGCGGGCGCUGCGCGAGGGCUCCGGAGCUGACUCGCCGCGGCAGGAAAUCCCUCCGGUCGCGACGCCCGGCCCCGGCUCGGCGCCCGCGUGGGAUGGUGCAGCGCUCGCCGCCGGGCCCGAGAGCUGCUGCACGGAAGGCCGGCGACGAUGGCAGCGCGCCCGCCGCCCGUGCCCCCCGCCCGCGCCCUCCUGCUCGCCCUGGCCGGGGCUCUGCUCGCGCCCCACGAGGCCCGAGGGGUGAGCUUAUGGGACCAAGGAGGAGCUGAUGAAGUUGUCAGUGUCUCUGUUUGGAGUGGAGACCUCUGGAUCCCAGUGAAGAGCUUCGACUCCAGGAAUCAUCCAGAAGUGCUGAAUAUUCGAAUACAACUGGAAAGCAAAGAACUGAUCAUAAAUCUGGAAAGAAAUGAAGGUCUCAUUGCCAGCAGUUUCACGGAAACCCACUAUCUGCAAGAUGGUACUGAUGUCUCCCUCGCUCGAAAUUACACGGGUCACUGUUACUACCAUGGACAUGUACGGGGAUAUUCUGAUUCAGCCGUCAGUCUCAGCACCUGUUCUGGUCUCAGGGGACUUAUUAUGUUUGAAAAUGAAACCUAUGUCUUAGAACCAAUGAAAAAUGCAACCAACAGAUACAAACUCUUCCCAGCGAAGAACCUGAAAAGCAUCUGGGGAUCAUGUGGAUCACAUCACAACACAUCAAGCCUCACUGCAGAUAAUGUGUUCCCACCGCCCUCUCAGACAUGGGCAAGAAGGCAUAAAAGAGAGACCCUCAAGGCGACCAAGUAUGUGGAGCUGGUGAUCGUGGCGGACAACCGAGAGUUUCAGAGGCAAGGAAAAGAUCUGGAAAAAGUUAAGCAGCGAUUAAUAGAGAUUGCUAAUCACGUUGACAAGUUUUACAGACCACUGAACAUUCGGGUCGUGUUGGUAGGCGUGGAAGUGUGGAAUGACAUCGACAAAUGCUCUGUAAGUCAGGACCCGUUCACCAGCCUCCAUGAAUUUCUGGACUGGAGGAAAAUGAAGCUUCUACCUCGCAAAUCCCAUGACAAUGCGCAGCUUGUCAGUGGGGUUUAUUUCCAAGGGACCAUCAUCGGCAUGGCCCCAAUCAUGAGCAUGUGCACGGCGGAACAGUCUGGGGGAAUUGUCAUGGACCAUUCAGACAGCCCCCUUGGUGCAGCCGUGACCCUCGCACAUGAGCUGGGCCACAAUUUCGGGAUGAAUCAUGAUACACUGGAGAGGGGCUGUAGCUGUCAAAUGGCGGCUGAGAAAGGAGGCUGCAUCAUGAACCCUUCCACCGGGUACCCAUUUCCCAUGGUGUUCAGCAGUUGCAGCAGAAAGGACUUGGAGACCAGCCUGGAGAAAGGAAUGGGGAUGUGCCUCUUUAACCUGCCAGAAGUCAGGGAGUCUUUCGGGGGCCAGAAGUGUGGGAACGGAUUUGUGGAAGAUGGAGAGCAGUGUGACUGCGGGGAGCCGGAGGAAUGUAUGAAUCGCUGCUGCAAUGCCACCGCCUGUACCCUGAAGCCAGACGCUGUGUGCGCACACGGGCUGUGCUGUGAAGACUGCCAGCUGAAGCCUGCAGGAACGGCAUGCAGGGACUCCAGCAACUCCUGUGACCUCCCGGAGUUCUGCACGGGGGCCAGCCCUCACUGCCCAGCCAAUGUGUACCUGCACGACGGGCACCCAUGUCAGGGUGUGGACGGCUACUGCUACAAUGGCAUCUGCCAGACUCAUGAGCAGCAGUGUGUCACGCUCUGGGGACCAGGUGCUAAACCUGCCCCUGGGAUCUGCUUUGAGAGAGUCAAUUCUGCAGGUGAUCCUUAUGGCAACUGUGGCAAAGUCUCGAAGAGUUCCUUUGCCAAAUGCGAGAUGAGAGAUGCUAAAUGUGGAAAAAUCCAGUGUCAAGGAGGUGCCAGCCGGCCAGUCAUUGGUACCAAUGCUGUUUCCAUAGAAACAAACAUCCCCUUGCAGGAGGGAGGCCGGAUUCUGUGCCGGGGGACCCACGUGUACUUGGGCGAUGACAUGCCGGACCCUGGGCUUGUGCUUGCAGGCACAAAGUGUGCAGAUGGAAAAAUCUGCCUGAAUCGUCGAUGUCAAAACAUUAGUGUCUUUGGGGUUCAUGAGUGUACAGUGCAGUGCCAUGGCAGAGGGGUGUGCAACAACAGGAAGAACUGCCACUGCGAGGCCCACUGGGCACCUCCCUUCUGUGACAAGUUUGGCUUUGGAGGAAGCACAGACAGCGGCCCCAUCCGGCAAGCAGAUAACCAAGGUUUAACCAUAGGAAUUCUGGUGACCAUUCUGUGUCUUCUUGCUGCUGGAUUGGUGGUUUAUCUCAAAAGGAAGACCUUGAUACGACUGUUGUUUACAAAUAAGAAGACCACCAUUGAAAAACUAAGGUGUGUGCGCCCUUCCCGGCCACCCCGUGGCUCCCAACCCUGUCAGGCUCACCUCGGCCACCUCGGAAAAGGCCUGAUGAGGAAGCCUCCAGAUUCCUACCCACCAAAGGACAAUCCCAGGAGAUUGCUACAGUGUCUGAAUGUUGACAUCAGCAGACCCCUCAAUGGCCUGAAUGUCCCUCAGCCCCAGUCAACUCAGCGAGUGCUUCCUCCCCUCCACCGGGCUCUGCGUGCACCCAGCGUCCCUGCCAGACCCCUGCCAGUCAACCCUGCACUUAGGCAGGCCCAGGGGACCUGUAAGCCAAACCCCCCUCAGAAGCCUCUGCCUGCAGAUCCUCUGGCUAGAACAACUCGGCUCACCCAUGCCUUGGCCAGAACCCCAGGACAGCGGGAGACCGAGCUCCGCCUGGCACCCCUCAGACUUGCUCCACAAUAUCCACACCAAGUGCCCAGAUCCACCCACACCGCCUACAUUAAGUGAGAAGCCGACACCUUUUUUCAACAGUGAAGACAGAAGUUUGCACUAUCUUUCAGCUCCAGUUGGAGUUUUUUUGUACCAACUUUUAGGAUUUUUUUAAUGUUUAAAACAUCAUUACUAUAAGAACUUUGAGCUACUGCCGUCAGUGCUGUGCUGUGCUAUGGUGCUCUGUCUACUUGCUCAGGUACUUGUAAAUUAUUAAUUUAUGCAGAAUGUUGAUUACAGUGCAGUGCGCUGUGGUAGGCAUUUUUACCAUCACUGAGUUUUCCAUGGCGGAAGGCUUAUUGUGCUUUUAGUAUUUUAGUGAACUUGAAAUAUCCUGCUUGAUGGGAUUCUGGACAGGAUGUGUUUGCUUUCUGAUCAAGGCCUUAUUGGAAAGCAGUCCCCCACCUACCCCCAGCUGUGCUUAUGGUACCAGAUGCAGCUCAAGAGACCCCAAGUGGAACCUCAGUUGAUUUUCUAGAUUCCCUAUCUCAGGCCAGAGCCAAAGGGCUUCAGGUCCAGGCUGUGUUUGGCUUUCAGGGAGGCCCUGUGCCCCUUGACAACUGGCAGGCAAGCUCCCAGGGACAGCUCUGGGACAGCCGGUAGAAAUCUGGCUUCUGGCCAGGAAGUUUUGGAGAGAACCUGGGUUGCAGACAGGAAUUUUAAGGUGUAGCCACACAAAGAUAGAGACUGGAACACUAGACAGGCUGGAACUUGACCCUGAGUUGACCAGCCAUGAGCAUGUUUGGCUCAAGGCUGUGCUUGAUAGAAAUGCCAAGCACUUCCUUUUCUGGCUGUCCUUAAAAGAAACCUACUGCCCAGGCACUGCAAACCACCACCUCCCUGUACUGCUUGGAGCCAAGCAAAUCACCACAAACUGUAACACAACGAUCAUAUAUUCAGACAGAUGAGGCUUUCCAUGGGACCACAACUAUUUUCAGAUGUGAACCAUUAACCAGAUCUAGUCAAUCAAGUCUGUCAAUAAAAAAAUCUCCUUUUACUGCAAAGUUCAACUUAUUGAAAAUUAGGCAGACUCUUUCUUUAUGCUUGCAAAAACUGCAACCAAAUGGAAUGUGAUAUUCAUGGGUAUAGCUCACGUCUGCUAUCAUUAUUCGUAGAUAUUGGACAAAGAGCUUUCUCUAUGGGGCAUCCUCUUCUUCCAACUUGGCUGCAGGAAUCUUUAAAAGAUGCUUUUAACAGAGUCUGAACCUAUUUCUUAAACACUUGUAACCUACCUGUUGAGCAUCACAGAAUGCGAUAAAGAAAUCAACCUGCCUAUCAACUUCCUAAAUAUGUGUGAGAUGCUGUCUUGGGCAGCAUCCCCUUGAACUUUUCACACUCUUCAAAUGCCUGACUAGGGAGCCAUGUUUCACAAGGUCUUUAAGAUGACUAAUGGCAUGAGAAAUACAAAAAUACUCAGAUAAAGUAAAA